GCACGCAUGCGCAGUGGGUCUGUCCCCGGAGUGAACAUGGCGUCUGUCAGGAUGAAGCCGUGCGUGUGGUCGGUGCUGCUCCUCCACGUCUUCUCCGGCGUCGUGUCCUCGCUGUACUUCCACAUCGGGGAGACGGAGAAGAAGUGCUUCAUCGAGGAGAUCCCGGACGAGACGAUGAUCAUCGGAAACUACCGCACGCAGCUGUACGACAAGCAGCGGGAGGAGUACCUGCCCGCCACUCAGGGUCUGGGCAUGUUCGUGGAGGUCAAGGAUCCUGACGACAAGGUGAUCCUGUCUCGUCAGUACGGCUCCGAGGGAAGAUUCACCUUCACGUCGCACACGCCCGGAGAACAUCAGAUCUGUCUGCACUCCAACUCCUCCAAGUUCUCCCUGUUCGCUGGAGGCCUGCUGAGGGUUCACCUGGACAUCCAGGUGGGCGAGCACGCCAACAACUACGCUGAGAUCGCCGCCAAAGACAAACUGACGGAGCUGCAGCUGCGAGUGCGUCAGCUGGUGGAGCAGGUGGACCAGAUCCAGAAGGAGCAGAACUACCAGAGGUACCGUGAGGAGCGCUUCCGCCUGACCAGCGAGAGCACCAACCAGCGAGUCCUGUGGUGGUCCAUCGUCCAGACCCUCAUCCUGGUCGCCAUCGGCAUCUGGCAGAUGAGACACCUCAAGAGCUUCUUCGAGGCCAAGAAGCUAGUGUAACCCCUAUAUGUGUGUGUGUGUGUGUCAGAGAGUGUGUGUCUGUGUGAGUGUGUGUGUGUGUGUGUGUGUGUGUGUGUGGUCUCUACUGAUUGAUGAAUUACUGAGCGGCGGCGGCUGCUGUCGGAGGAAGAACUGCUGAGGAGAUGUGACACAUGAGAACCCAGCAGCACAAUUGGGCUUGAAAACAACAUUUUCAUCAUCAUCAUUAUUAUUAUUAUUGUUGUUGUUGUUAAUGUCCUGGUUUCCUCACACACUGUUUGUAACGAGCCCUUCACGUUUGCAGCAGACGAUCACGUGUCAGAUACGUUUGAGUUCUUUAAUUUAAGUUCAGCAGGAGGACAGAUUAGUCUGCGUCUGUCGGGAAGUUAAAACCAUGUUUCACAGUUCUGAAAUCUUCUUUUAUUAUUAUUGUAAAUUGUCCCUUUUUCUUUGGUGUUACUUACUCAAAGUACUUGACGUGUUACUGGCCACUAGAGUUUAUAUGAACCUCACUUGAAACUGUUGAUUGACUCCUAGGUCUCUGAGUGAUGACUGGAACUCGAAUCUGGAUUCCUCUGUAGAAGAGUUGGACAGAUGGAUGUUUUUGUAUCUUCACCAGAUGAGAUGAUUUCAUAAACUAAAUAAAAUUAGGUGAAAUGUUGAAGCUCACGAUUUUGUUGAUUAAGAUGAAUACAAUAGAAAGUCUUGUUUAACUCUGAAAACAAAGAGACUAGAAGCGAUGUGAAAUAUACCUGAUGUUAAUGAUUUAUUCAUUAUAUGAAACGUGAUCAACAGGCAGCAGAUCGAUGAAUCCUAACUGUUAAACGCAAAAAUUGAUCGACUCAUUAAAUCUAUUUUUGAAGCGCAAAUGCUGAAUAUCUGAUGGUUAAAUCCCCACAGAUUUGUGCAUUUGGUAGUUUUCUCCGUUACACACUUUGAAAACAAUCCCCUGACGUAACAUUCUGCUGUCGGACAUCGUGAUCGAUGUUCGUUAACCUGACGUGAAGUUUUUUGAUAAAUCACGAUUCACUCGGAUUAUCAGACACGUCCUCUUAUGUCCUCAGACCCUUUAACUCCAGUUUUAGCUCCAGUGAUAACAAUAGACUCCGUGUUCCUUCAGCGGCUCAGGUCGAUUCACAGCUUGAUGUGUCAGGAGGAGAAUCUGGGAAAUCUUUUACAGUGUGAGACGCUGGUUAAAUCCCAGGAUCAUGAUGCAGUAGACUCUGGAUCAGGAGAAGAAGCUCCCGGUUCAGCAGGCGGAGGUGUUUUUAGUGUUUUAAUCUUUCAGCCUGACUCAGUGAUAUUCUACCUAAACCUUUUUUCUGUUUGUCCCUUUGUUCAACUGAGUGAAUCUACAUUUUGUACAGUGUCCAGAGUGAAUGUACCUUUCUGUUCAUCUGAUUCUGGUGUUUAAAUUAUUAUCUGAAUGAUUGGGCUCGUUAAGACGUCCAUUCUUCCUGUGAGAUGAACCAUGUCUCCAUAUGUUUAUCAGAUGGUUUUUAUGUUGACUGCUUGUCGACCAAUAAGGUUUAGAAAUUCCACACGCUGUUUCUCCUUAAGUCAGCUCAGUCUCCAUAUUAAUUUUAAUGAUAUCUAUAUAUAUCUUGUAUCUGAGUCCAUCGACCUUUUCUCACUUCAGCUGCGGAAACACAGAAUUAUAAAUCAUAAAAUGAAACCACUUCACGUUCUCAGACUCAACAAGUGAAAAGGUUUCUCUUCUUCCCUCAGUUUUCCUUCAUGUUGUUUUGUUCUCUGGUGGUUUGUGUUAAACAGGUGAAUGUUGCUGGGUUGAUUUUUUUAGAUAUUGCAUUAGCGGUGAAAAGGGGCGUGAAUUUAUUUUAUUUUCAGAGAUUCUGUCCGUGUGAAAUCAGUUGGAAAAGUUGCACUCGAAAAAUAAAGUUUGUCACAUUUGGUUUAAA